AUGGGUGGAAAGUUAGAAUUGGGGCUGCCGAAGAACGGUACUCUCGAUCCGAGAGAGAAAGAGGCCAAGAUUAUACUUAAUCACAUUAGGGCUCAAGGUCAUCCCUACAUUGAGUUACGUGAGAAUGGAAAGAAAUUUAUAUAUUUCUGUGUUUUGUGUCUUGCUCCGUGUUACAGUGAUAGUGUUGUGUAUGAUCACUUGAAAGGGAAGCUUCAUAGGAAGAGAUUGGAUUCUGCUAGAGAUACUAUGUUGAAACCGAAUCCGUGGCCUUUUAGUGAUGGUCUUAUAUUUUUUGAUGCUUUGACUGAGAAUGAGAAAAGGGCGGAAUCUUCCAAUGUCAUCCAAAAUGACAAUCACAAUAGUCUUGCUAUUGUGCCGUUUGGUGAAGAGGCUCAGUCGGAUGCUCAACCAAUUGCGACGGAUGAUGCACGAUCUGAUGAUUCUAUAUUGGUGAUUCCUCGUUUGAAGAUUGCAACUGAAGCUAUUGAUGUACGUGUUAGGAAAGUUGGGUUGGGGAAGAUUUCUGCUAGGUUUGCUGAGAAGUAUGGCUCUUUAAAUGGGAGUGAAAUUAGAAGGAUAUGGUGUGAAUGGUUAGGUAAAGAGGAUAGUCAAGUAGAUGACGUUGAGGUUCAAGAGCAUGAUUUUGCUGUUGUAGUUUUCCCUUACAGUUAUGAUUUGGGUCGGGACAAAGUGCUUGAGGAUACAAAUACUAAGUCGUUACUCCCAUCCACCUCUAUGGUAGAACUGGAAAAUGGAAGGAAAAGUGUGCGAAAGAGAAAAGCACCAUCAUCCGACUCUGAAGAUGUUAGUGAAUUUUUCCGUAAGCAUUAUGCUUCUUCUGCGGAAGAGUCUCCUCCGCCUUUGAGGAAUGCCCCCUCAACAUCAGCACUUGAUCAAUCCAACAGUCAGCUUCUUCGCACCAAGUUUGUUUCAAACAGGGCUACUAGGAAGGCAAUAAGACGGCGAGAACGCUUAGCAGCAGAGAAAGUAUGCAACAUCUGUCAACAAAACAUGAUUCCUGGUAAAGAUGUAGCAACAUUUUUCAAUUUGAGGACUGGAAGAGUAGCUUGCUGCAGUCGGAAUCCAACUGGGGCAUUUCAUGUGUUUCAUACGGCCUGUGUCAUACACUGGAUACUCUUGUGUGAAAAUGAAAUAAUCACAAAUUGUUUAGUUAAUCAAAAUGGUAGUCAAGAAGGGAAGAGAAAGACUGUAUCAGGCAGUGGUAAAGAAGACAGGGAUAUCAAACAUGUUUUCUGUCCAGAGUGUCAAGGUGCUGGUGUGAUCAUUUCAGAUGAGUUGGAGCAUCCAAAAUUUUGUUCUCUGUCCCAGAUGUUUAGAUUGAAAUUAAAGAUAAUUCUACAACGCAAAGAAUGGAUCAAGAAUUCUGAAGAUUUGGAGAAUUGCUCAAUUGGGUUUGAUUUCCCUUCGGAAUGUGAAGAGAUAGCUGAGGAGAAAGUGGAGCCAUUAAAAUUGUUGCAAUUCUAUCGUGCAGAUGAUGAAUGUGCGGUGAAUUAG